UCAAGCAUAGACAGAGAAGGAAAUAUAUAUCCCUCAUGACAAUCGCUGCUGCAAUAUUCACCUUGAGGGAAAACUUUUCACAGAUGACGCAAUGCAGUUGAUUAUACCUACAAAACAUGGUGUUCUGAUGUCGGAUGAAGAACUUGCACAGUGGAUUUUGGAUCUCAGCAGCAACAGAAACAAGUUAGGUGCUAGAAGACGUCGUUAUAAUUUCGACGAUCAAACUGACGUGGACAAGGACGACUACCCAAAUCUUGUCGGAUUCUCUAAAAUUCAGUUUAACUCGCUGCUAGCAGAAAUAUCAGGCCAUGUACAUAACAGUGUCAACCGAAGUGUCCGAAAUGCGUUGGCCAUCUUCCUUAUGCUGCUUCGCCACAAUUUGGCUCAGAAAGUGCUGGGCAGUCUUUUUGGAAUCCCCAAUCAAUCAUGCGUGAGUGAGACCAUUGAUGCAGUCGCUACAGCGCUGGACAACCAUUUUGUCAAGAAAUACCUCGGUUUUGAACACUUGUCCUGUGAAGCAGCCCUUCGUGACCACUCUCGUCCAAUAUACUCGAAGCUAUUUAAAGAAGAAGACCCAACUAAGCUGUUUCUUAUCAUGGAUGGAACCUAUAUUUAUAUUGAAAAGCCGGCCGACUUUCACCUGCAGAAACUAACUUAUUCUGGGCAGAAAAAACGCAAUUUAAUCAAACCAUUUAUGAUAGUUCUUCCGUCAGGGUAUAUCUUGGCUGCGUGUGGUCCUUAUUAUGCAAAUGGUGCGAAUAACGACGCUGGGAUCUUAAAAUCCAUCCUGUCGGAGCUGCCACCUGAUUCAGAGACGUGAUUCAGACUCUUCUUCGCCUUGGACACCUCACACAUAUGCCAGAACUACUAGACACCGAUGAUAAACAAUUCACCACUUCGCAAGGAAAUGAGUCAAGACGGGUCACGUUGGUUAGAUGGUUGGUGGAGGCAGUAAAUGGAAGAAUCAAGAAAAAGUUCAAAUUAUUUCGAGAGACGGUUCCAGGAGGAUACCUUGAGAAGCUGCCCAUGUUGUUCAGAAUUGGUUGCGCCCUUAUUAACUGUUUCUGCCCUCCUCUCUCCACCCACUCACCCAAGCAUGAUAAGAUAGCCGAACGAGCAUUGGAACUUGCUGACCGGGAGAAUUUACUACAAAAGCGAGUGGAGGACGAGAAGAUGGAUCGCCGGACUAAGGAAUGGAAGACGGCCUCUCUGAAAGAAUUUCCAAAAUUCCCGAAGCUUAACGUUGACGAUCUGGAAGACAUAACCCUUGGAGUGUAUCAGAUUGGAUUGGCCAAGAGAUACGCUAAUCUGCACAUGAAAAAUUCUCCAAUCUUUGAAAUUAAACUGAAUUCAGAAUUUCCAAACAUCGUGCGAGCCAAGAUUGAAUCAAGGUUUACAGCCAAUAAAGCCCACGAUCUAUGGAUCGAAUAUUCUUCCGACCCAGAGGUUAAAGGUGCUGACGCAAUAAUUGGUUUCUACUGUAAAUGCAAACAAGGCGCUCGGACAUUGGGAUGUUGUGCACAUAUUUGCACAGUAAGUUAAAAUUAUUAUAUGUAAAAAAGCACAACUGGUAAAUGGUAGAUGUCUAUUUUUAUUAUAUUGUUAAAAGGUGCUGUGGUACUUGGGUUAUCAGAGGUACCAAAACCCAACAACAAUUAACGUUCGGAAAAGAAAACUGGAAAUUAUUAACGCCGGAAAACCUUAAUCGGAGGAUUAUCAUUAAGGCAGUUUUUGGUCAGGUUAUGCAUAUACAUUUAUUUCUUCUAAUCUGGUAAUGACUCACAAUUUUAGAUCAUCUAUAAGUACGGCAUAACUUGGGAAGGCACAUGAGUACUAUGAUUGAUUUCGUAGUUUGCAAUCCCAACCCUACUUAUAAAAGCAUGUUAGGCGAAUUAAACUAAUAUUAAUAUUGCGUAUUGUUUUUUUCAGGUUUCAGUGAGUUACAAUUUUUUUGUGUUGUGUACAUUUUCAUGGAUGUAUGUAUUAUUCCAGUGUAAAGUUAUGAUGCUGUAGAAAAAUAAAAUCUGAGUUGUAUUGUAUAUAUGUACGAAUUAUAAUCUGUCAAAUUAUAAAUAUACAAUAUAUAUA